AUGCUGGACAAUGACUCAAUUCGACCGACACCAGUAAAGGAUCGAACAUGGUCCCAACUCACCUACGUCGUGUUCUGGUUCUCUGCGACGGCGAACGUCAGCAAUCUGUACACAGCUUCCACGGGAAUGGCCAUGGGACUGACCAUGUGGGAAGCAAUCGGAUGCUCCUUUGGUGGUCAAAUUCUCGCCGGUGCCUUGAUGGCGGUGAAUGGACGUGCUGGUGCUAUGUACCGCAUUCCGUUCCCCGUUCUGUGUCGUGCCAGUUUUGGGCAUUGGGGAGCGCUGUGGCCGACUUUUAAUCGUGCAGCUAUGUCCAUUGUAUGGAACGGUGUCAAUACCGUUCAGGGAGGACAGUGUUUAUAG